UUUUUUCAACUUAAACAUCUCAAAGCUUCUCACUGGUUCUCUCAAUUUCUUCCCUCUUCACCGACGGCGACGAGCCUGAGGUCUCCUCCUCCUCUCGCGUCUCUUUCACCUCUUCGAGGAGCAGUGGCGUUACUUGCUUGUGGAGAUGUUUUGCCUUUGCAUCUCUUCUCUGUAAUUGGGAGAUUCAGCCAUGGAUUCAUUGUUCUUAGCAUCGAUACUCUGCAUACAGCUGACCCUUUUCAUUACCUGCUCGAGUUCCGCUUGGAAUGAAUGAUCAUCCGGUCACAUUCCGUCUAAUAGCUUUACCUCAAAAGAUUUAACCAAAAAUGUAACAUCUUCGAAGUUUGUGAAGAAAGAUGACACGAAUUGAGACGGCAGAGCAAUGGAACUAUUUGAGGUAUGGAUCGGAAUCCAUUCUCCAAUUCUGAAAAAACUAACAUCGUCCUGUAACUUUGGUUUCAUGUGUUUGUUUGUUGUGAUUAGACAUAGUAAGGCAGAACCAGGAUGUUAGAGUUUGCCUUUUUCUGUCAAUCCUUUUUGUACAAAUUGCAUUUGUUAGUAAAGCUUGAACCUCAAGGGUGUUAUAUACUAAUGUGUGAGUUCAUAUAUGUUGUUGCAUAUGGUUAUCACUUAUCACAAGCAAUAUAUGCGAUAUGUUUUAAACUGAA